CGGGGAAAGAGGCCCAGCGGAGAGGCCUCUGUGUCAGCGCAGGGAGAAUGAGGCGGGGGCGAGUAAAGGCUAGAGAAGUCCGGAUGGGAGGGCGGUAUUCGUGAUCCCGAGCUCUGUGAGGAGAUGACGAAGGAGAGGGUCAGCGAGAGAGGAGAUGAGUGUAACGGGAUGAGUGGGUGUUCCGGCGGGGAUGUGGUCAUUGACGGCCAAUGAGGACGAGAGCACCACAGCUCACUUCUUCCUUGGAGCUGGAGAUGAGGGGCUGGGCACUCGUGGAACAGGCAUGAGGACAGAAGAGAGUGACAGUGAGCUCCUGGAGGACGAGGAGGAUGAAGUGCCUCCUGAACCUCAAAUCAUCGUUGGCAUUUGUGCCAUGACCAAGAAAUCCAAGUCUAAGCCAAUGACCCAAAUCCUAGAGCGACUCUGCAGAUUUGACUACCUGACCGUUAUCAUCCUGGGAGAAGAUGUUAUUCUCAAUGAACCUGUGGAAAACUGGCCAUCCUGCCACUGCCUCAUCUCUUUUCACUCUAAAGGCUUUCCUCUGGACAAAGCUGUUGCUUACUCCAAGCUUCGAAAUCCCUUUCUUAUCAAUGAUCUGGCCAUGCAGUAUUACAUCCAAGAUAGGAGAGAGGUGUACCGGAUCCUGCAGGAAGAAGGUAUCGAUCUGCCUCGAUAUGCCGUGCUCAACCGUGACCCUGCCCGGCCAGAAGAGUGCAACCUGAUAGAAGGUGAAGAUCAGGUAGAGGUCAAUGGAGCCGUCUUUCCUAAGCCCUUCGUGGAGAAGCCAGUGAGUGCAGAGGACCACAAUGUUUACAUCUAUUACCCCAGCUCUGCUGGAGGAGGAAGCCAGCGCCUCUUCCGUAAGAUUGGCAGCCGAAGCAGCGUUUACUCUCCUGAAAGCAGUGUCCGAAAGACAGGGUCAUACAUCUAUGAGGAGUUUAUGCCAACAGAUGGCACAGAUGUCAAGGUGUAUACAGUGGGGCCAGAUUAUGCCCAUGCUGAAGCUAGAAAAUCUCCAGCUUUGGAUGGAAAGGUUGAACGAGACAGUGAGGGGAAAGAGGUUCGAUAUCCAGUCAUGCUGACUGCCAUGGAAAAGCUGGUGGCCAGGAAGGUCUGCGUAGCUUUUAAGCAAACUGUUUGUGGAUUUGACCUUCUUCGUGCCAAUGGUCAUUCUUUUGUGUGUGAUGUCAAUGGCUUCAGUUUUGUCAAGAACUCAAUGAAGUACUAUGAUGACUGUGCCAAGAUUCUGGGAAACACCAUUAUGCGGGAACUUGCCCCACAGUUCCAGAUCCCAUGGUCCAUUCCCACAGAGGCUGAGGACAUUCCUAUUGUUCCCACCACAUCUGGCACUAUGAUGGAGCUUCGCUGUGUCAUUGCAAUUAUCCGUCAUGGGGAUCGUACCCCCAAACAGAAGAUGAAGAUGGAGGUGACACACCCAAGGUUUUUUACUCUAUUUGAAAAACAUGGUGGAUACAAGACAGGGAAAUUAAAACUCAAGCGACCUGAGCAGCUUCAGGAGGUCCUGGACAUCACAAGGCUGCUGUUGGCUGAACUAGAAAAAGAACCAAGUGGUGAGAUCGAGGAGAAGACUGGGAAGCUAGAGCAGCUGAAGUCCGUGUUGGAGAUGUAUGGUCACUUUUCAGGUAUCAACCGGAAGGUGCAGUUGACUUACUACCCUCAUGGAGUAAAAGCUUCUAAUGAGGGGCAAGAUUCACAGAGGGAGGUUCUUGCUCCAUCUUUGUUGCUGGUUCUGAAGUGGGGUGGAGAACUGACUCCUGAUGGCCGUGUUCAGGCUGAGGAGCUGGGGAGAGCUUUUCGCUGCAUGUACCCUGGAGGACAGGGUGAUUAUGCUGGCUUCCCUGGUUGUGGGCUGCUUCGUCUCCAUAGCACUUUCCGCCAUGACCUCAAGAUCUAUGCCUCUGAUGAGGGCCGUGUCCAGAUGACUGCUGCUGCCUUUGCCAAGGGCCUCCUGGCUCUAGAAGGAGAGCUGACACCCAUUUUGGUACAAAUGGUGAAGAGUGCCAACAUGAAUGGUCUCCUGGACAGUGAUGGUGAUUCCUUGAGCAGCUGCCAGCAUCGGGUGAAGGCUCGGCUGCACCACAUUUUGCAGCAGGAUGCACCCUUUGGCCCUGAAGACUAUGAUCAGCUGGCUCCCACAGGAAGCACUUCCCUCCUCAACUCCAUGACUAUCAUCCAGAAUCCUGUGAAAGUCUGUGAUCAGGUAUUUGCCCUGAUCGAAAACCUCACCCACCAGAUCCGUAAUCGGAUGCAGGACCCCAAGUCUGUAGACCUGCAGCUCUACCACAGUGAGACACUAGAGCUAAUGCUACAGCGUUGGAGCAAGCUGGAACGUGAUUUUCGACAGAAGAGUGGGCGCUAUGAUAUUAGUAAGAUCCCUGACAUCUAUGACUGUGUCAAGUAUGAUGUACAGCACAAUGGGAGUCUGGGACUUCAAGGCACAGCAGAGUUGCUUCGUCUGUCUAAGGCAUUGGCCGAUGUGGUCAUUCCUCAGGAGUACGGGAUCAGUCGGGAGGAGAAACUGGAAAUUGCUGUGGGCUUCUGUCUUCCACUGUUGCGGAAGAUACUACUUGACCUUCAGAGAACCCACGAGGAUGAGUCUGUCAACAAGCUGCAUCCCCUGUACUCCCGAGGAGUGCUCUCCCCAGGUCGCCACGUUCGAACACGGCUGUAUUUCACCAGUGAGAGUCACGUCCACUCUCUACUCAGUGUCUUCCGUUAUGGGGGACUUCUUGAUGAGACCCAGGAUGCACAAUGGCAGCGAGCUUUGGCUUAUCUUAGUGCCAUCUCAGAGCUCAACUACAUGACACAGAUUGUUAUCAUGCUUUAUGAGGACAACACACGGGACCCUUUAUCAGAGGAACGUUUCCAUGUGGAGCUGCAUUUCAGCCCUGGAGUAAAAGGCUUUGAGGAAGAAGGCAGUGCCCCAACUGGCUAUGGUUUCCGUCCAGCCUCUUCUGAGAAUGAGGAGAUAAAAACAGACGAAGGAAGCACGGAGAACCUGUGCCCAAGGAAGGCACCAGAUGAGCCAGAUCGGGCUUUGCAGACCUCACCACAGCCUUCUGAGGGCCCUGGCCUUCCAAGAAAAUCACCCCUCAUCCGUAACCGAAAAGCUGGUUCCAUGGAGGUCAUGAACAUGCAGUGCACGGGGAACCUGGACCUGAUCCCCUUGAGGGGACGGCGCCGCCGGAGGUCAGGAGACCUCCCCCGGCCUUCCCCAGCCAUCGGCCUACAGCCCCGGGCUGUGUCCACCACCCACCUGGCAUCCUGCACACAGGUGCUGUCUGAGACUUCGUCUUCAAGGCCUGGUGGCUAUCGGCUCUUUUCAUCUUCACGGCCACCAGCAGAGAUGAAACAGAGUGGCCUAGGCUCACAGUGCACAGGGCUGUUCAGCACCACGGUGCUGGGUGGCUCCUCCAGUGCCCCGAAUCUUCAGGACUACGCGCGCAGCCAUGGCAAAAAGCUACCACCUGCCAGUCUGAAGCACCGAGAUGAGCUCUUGUUUGUCCCGGCCGUAAAACGAUUUUCUGUGUCGUUUGCAAAGCAUCCGACUAACGAACUGCUAGAUGACCAGCACCCUGUGGUCCGGUUGCUGCGCAGUUUUUCCUCUGACUGCCCAGGGGGCCGGCCAGUCUCCUUGGAUGCCACGCUGGCGCAUCACCUGCACCAGUGCUCCUACCACCUGCGCCUCUUCCGGAACUGGCUGCGCUCAGGCCAGGAUGACCCCGAGUGCCUCUACGGAUUUGAAGGGUGCUCCAUGGUACCUACCAUUUACCCACUGGAAACACUGCAUAAUGCCCUUUCUUUGCGUCAAGUGAGUGAAUUCUUAAGUAGAGUCUGCCAACGCCAUACAGAUGCCCAGGCACAGGCAUCUGCAGCCCUCUUUGACUCUAUGCACAGCAACCAGGCCUCAGAUAGCCCAUUUUCCCCACCCCGUACUCUUCAUUCACCUCCCCUGCAACUUCGGCAGCGCUCUGAGAAGCCCCCUUGGUACAGCAGUGGCCCUUCCAGCACUGUGUCCAGUGCUGGUCCCUCCUCCCCUACUGCAGUGGAUGGCAACUCCCAUUUUGGCUUCAGUGAUCAAACCUCUCUAAAUGCAUAUGUGAUGGAAGAAAGUCAAGGCCUUGGGCUGUUCCAGGAGACGCAUGGAAAUGAAAUACUACAAGAGUUCCCCAUUGAAGGGCAACAAGAGCUUUCUGAACUACACCAGUCCCCACAGGAGCCUCCUGUGGGAACCAGCCAGCUAAGAGGCCAGGAAGUUGUUGAGAAGGUCAGCCAGCCAUGCCAGGUGAUCCCUGAUAUCAGCCAGCCAUGCCAGAAGAACCAAGAUACUCUUACCCACACAUGCCCACCAUGCCAGAAGGCCAGUGAACUAUGCCAGAAAGACUCUAAGGAAGUUUGCCAGCUUUGCCACAAGAACCAUGAUGAUGUGAGCCAGCCAUGUUGGGGGAUUUCUGUGGAGGUUGGCAGCCCACUCCAUAGGGUCUCUGUAGGGGUUGGCGGCCUGGUCCAGGAAACCCUUGAGGAAGUUGGCAGGCCAAUCCAAGAGAUCCCUGAAGAGAUCAGCCAGCCAUGCCAGGAGUUCUCUGUGGAGGUUGCCAAGUUGGCCCAGGAGGCUUUUGCAAUCAAUCUUUUGUCUCAAGACAUCCCUGAGGUUGAUAAGCCACUUCAGGAUCUCCCGGGGGAGACUAAUAUGCAGGCCCAGGAGAUCCCUGAGGAGGUUAGUCAGCAAUCUUGGGUGGUCCCUGAGGUGAUUGAUCAGCUGCCUAGAGAGGAUGCUCCCCAAAUGCAGUGUCUGUCUAGUGAUCUAAAGCCAGUCUCUAGCCCAUGACCAGCAUUCACUCCUUCCACCAGCAACAUGUAAUUGAUCAUUUUCUCAUUAUUGGUGUCACAUUAUACCAGCUAUUUGAGUCAGAAA